AUGUCUCCAUAUCAGUUGGUUUAUGGUAAGGUUUUCCAUUUGCCCGUCGAGUUAGAACACAAAGCAUUGUGGGCAUUAGAAGCUUUAAAUUUGGACUGGUCAAAAACUUCAAGAGAGAGGGUAGAGCAGUUGAACAAACUGGAUGAAUUUAGACUCGGAUCGUAUGAAAGUUCAGCCAUCUACAAAGAGAAAAUGAAAAAAUGGUAUGAUGCUCGGAUAUUCAAGCGGGACUUCAAGGUAGGAGAUUGGGUUUUGUUAUACAACUCUCGACUUAGACUAUUUCCCAGAAAGCUCAAAUACAAAUGGUCUGGACCUUUUAAAGUAACGCGAGUGUUCACCAAUGGUGCCAUAGAAGUUGAAAAUCAGGAAGGACAUCCAUUUAAAGUUUGCACGUGCGUGGAAAAGUUGUGGAAGAAAAAUAAACUUAAAAUGAUUGUGCUGAAGGAAACACCACGGAGCCCAGUACAGGCCGUGGUCAUCUUGACGGGCUUUCAUAAUGCUCGUGGUGCUGGAGCAGUGAACCGUUAA